CGCUGUUCAUCCGUUCACUCGGUAGUAGAAGAGGCCUGAUCGAGGAGCGCCGCUUUCACCACGAAACACCGACGUUUUUAUACGAUAUUCGACUGCCAGUGAGCCGAGCCGUUACCCCCGAGCCGAGACUCCCCGGAAUCCGUCGACUGAACGCGUCCUUCGGAGAGCCGUCAUGGCGGACUCGAGCAGCGCAGCGGCGGGCGGAGCCCCGGGCUCCGGUAGCGGGGCUGCCGGGGCGGCGGGCGCUGUGGCGCAGGACGGAUCCACCGGAGCCGCGGGGUCCAAGGUGGCGUCGGAGCUGGUGAAGGGGCAGGCGUUCGACGUCGGCCCCCGCUAUGUCAACCUGUCGUACAUCGGGGAGGGGGCGUACGGGAUGGUCUGCUCUGCCCUGGACAAUGUGACCACCUCCCGCGUGGCCAUCAAGAAGAUCAGCCCGUUCGAGCACCAGACGUAUUGCCAGCGCACGCUGAGAGAGAUCAAGAUCCUGCUGCGCUUCCACCACGAGAACAUCAUCGGCAUCAACGACAUCCUGCGCGCCCGCCGACUGGAGGCCAUGAGGGACGUCUACAUCGUGCAGACCCUGAUGGAGACGGACCUGUACAAGCUGCUGAAGACGCAGAAGCUGAGCAACGACCACAUCUGCUACUUCCUGUACCAGAUCCUGCGUGGGCUGAAGUACAUCCACUCUGCCAACGUGCUGCACCGGGACCUGAAGCCCUCCAACCUGCUCAUCAACACCACCUGUGACCUGAAGAUCUGUGACUUCGGCUUGGCGCGGAUAGCCGACCCGGAGCACGACCACACCGGCUUCCUGACGGAGUACGUGGCCACGCGCUGGUACCGCGCCCCCGAGAUCAUGCUCAACUCAAAGGGCUACUCCAAGUCCAUCGACAUCUGGUCCGUGGGCUGCAUCCUGGCCGAGAUGCUGUCCAACAGACCCAUCUUCCCCGGGAAGCACUACCUGGACCAGCUGAAUCACAUACUGGGGAUCCUGGGCUCCCCAACCCAGGAGGACCUCAACUGCAUCAUCAACACCAAGGCCCGCAACUACCUGCAGUCCCUCCCCGAGAAGCCCAAGAUCCCCUGGGACAAGCUGUUCCCCAAGGCCGACGGCAAGGCCCUGGAUCUGCUGGGUCGCAUGUUGACCUUUAACCCCAACAAGCGCAUCAGCGUGGAGGAGGCCCUGGCUCACCCCUACCUGGAGCAGUACUACGACCCACGGACGAGGUGCCCCGUGGCCGAGGAGCCCUUCACCUUCACCAUGGAGCUGGACGACCUCCCCAAGGAGAAGCUGAAGGAGCUGAUCUACGAGGAGACGGCCCAGUUCCAGGCCACCUACCAGGGCUCCUGAGUGCAGCGCUGCGGAGGCGGAGCAUCGGGCGGCGGCGCACCAGAAGACUCCGAACGCGACCACAAAGAAAACCACGACGACCACGAAGAAACCGCGACGACCACGACGACUGCUACCGAUCAUGUAAAAAAAAAGAAAAAAAAAAAAAAAAAAAAAAAGAAAACCAAACGGCAUUCAGAAAAAAAAAGACAAAAA